GCCGCCCCCGCCCGCGCCAGUGGAGCCGCUCGGCGGAUCAUGUGCAGCGCGGCGCCGCUCGCAUGCGGCGCGUGGUUUCACCUUCAGAGCGGCUCGGCGCGCCCUUCCCCGAACGCCGCCGCCGCCGGCCGCGCAGGAGGUGAUCUAUGCCUUCUGCUUACAAAGCACACAGAAAUAAAUUGGUGCUGUGGACUCUGUGGAGCGGCUGAAAGAAACAUUACCCUGAGAAUGAAGCAUUAGAACGCCUCUCUGCAGAACCGUAUGAUUGAGAACGCGGUCCAGCCCUCCUCUGCUGCCAGACAUGCUUUUGUCCUCCUGCCCCGCUUACCCCCUGUUGCAGUAAUACCGAUGGAUCGUAGCAGAGAGGCAGAAAUGGAGUUACGGAGAUCCUCCAGCCCUGGCAAGCUAAGCAAGAAUGACGUGGAUGCUGACAAGACCAUGUGCCACAGCUGUUGCAUCUGCGGUAAAAGUUUCCCUUUUCAGAGCUCCCUGUCACAGCACAUGAGGAAGCACACAGGUGAGAAGCCCUACAAAUGCCCUUACUGUGAUCACAGAGCUUCCCAAAAGGGCAACCUGAAGAUUCACAUCCGCAGUCACAGGACAGGCACUUUAAGUCAGGGGCACGAGGCAGAGAUGGGAGAGGCGCAGCUGGGGGAGAUGGGCGUUUCAGAGGGCCUUGGCGGGUGCACCAGCCCCACUAAAAGUACGUCUGCCUGCAACAAGAUCUUGAACGGUACCACUCAGGUUGAUAGCAGCAAGAUCUUGUUGAGAAGCAGCAAGAAGGAGGUCACAGAGAUGGCACCAGCCGAGGAGGAUGACAAGCUGACCUCUUACCAGUGCACCUUCUGCAAAAACAAAUUCGAAAGGAAGAAGGACCUGGAGCAGCACCUGCACCAGGUCCACAAACCGUUCAAGUGCAGGUUGUGCAGCUACAUGACCCUGAGGGAGGAGACGCUGUUAAACCACAUAGAGAAAGACCAUAUAACAGCUCAGGUCCCCAAUGGGGAGACCUACACCGAGAACUGCAAGAGCGAGCUGAAUGUGGGCGAGUUCCCGUGCGAAGUCUGUGGUCAGACCUUUAGUCAAACCUGGUUCCUGAAAGCUCACAUGAAAAAGCACAGGGGGUCGUUUGAUCAUGGGUGCCAUAUUUGUGGCAGGAGAUUCAAGGAGCCCUGGUUUCUCAAAAACCACAUGAAGUCCCAUGGCCCCAGGUCUGGGAGCAAAAACAAACCAAAAAAUGAUUUGGAUCUGAUUGCCACUAUCAAUGAUGUGAUACAAGAGGAGACAAUUGUGACCGGACUAUCUCUGUAUGAAGUUUGCACCAGGUGUGGAAAUCUGUUUACAAAUAUGGAAAGCCUGAAAGUGCAUAAUGCUGUUCACUACCGUGUGCAGCCGGGCAGCACCGGGGAUAAAGCUGAGGGCUUGACUGAUGGGAGCCUGAGCUCCUCGGUAACCAAGCAGUUUUUCUUGCAGUGUCUCAAUCUACGGCCAUCUGUAGGGCUGGAUAGAGUUACGAGAGGACAGCCUGGGAAAAGAGUAGCUGAGCUGGAUCCGGUCAGUAGCUACCAAGCUUGGCAGCUGGCCACCAAAGGAAAAGUAGUAGAGCCCUCAGAGUAUGUGAAGUAUGUGGGAUGGGAUGAGGCCCUGGCAGAUGCAGACGUGACUUACGACAAGGAUAAGAGGGAGUAUAUCCUUGUCAACCAGGAGAAGCGCAAGCGAGACCAGGACUCACCCAGCAACCCCAAGAAGAAGAGCUGCACCAGUGGGCGCCUGGAGAAAACGGGCAGUGUCCCGGCGGGGGAGAGCUGCCCACUUGCCCCAGGGGAUCUAGACUAUCGCCCUGCCUCGCGGCAGAGCCGGCGCGCCACCCAGAACAAGUCCACUGAGUGCUUUGAGUGCGGGAAGAUCUUCCGCACCUACCACCAAAUGGUGCUGCACUCGCGGGUGCACCGCAAGGAGCGGAGGAGCUGCAGCGAGGGCGGGACGGCCGCCCAGCCGGACCGCUACGGCUCCAGCAGUGAGGAGGGGGACUCGGGGUCCGUCAGCGGGCCCAGCACCCCUGGCUCUGCAUCCGCCCCGGAGGACUCGGCCACCUCUGGCUUGGGAGAGGAGGGGGCUGAGGAGAGCUCGGAGGAGGGAGCAGCCAAUCCCUUGCUAGAUGGAAAGCCAUACCCCUGCAACUUCCCCGAAGAGGAAACCCCAAUGAUAACAUCUCAGUUGGAUGAACUCCCAAAGCUGGGAGGCCGCAGUGCCAGAGAGAAUGAGGCCAGGGAAUCUAAACCAGAGAUUCCUGCUCUGGUCUCAGCACUGGAGAGUGUCAUCAAGGAACCCUUUUCAAAAUACCAAGGUUCUGCAGACAUCAAGAUGCCAGUAUUUCAUCACAGCCAGGGGCUUCCUUGCUCCAGUCACAUUGCUAGCUUUGCUUCGGGUAUGGGCCAGACAUCUUUAGACAUGGUCAUGGACUUGAAAACAUCACUUGAAGUGCAGGCUAGUUGUGCUAGAGAAAAUUUACUAGACUUUCACAGGGAGCAUCCUCUGAUAGACAAAGGUGCUGAAGCUCUAGAGGUAGCUCCACUCGAUUUGAGUGAAAAAUCAACAAGGGAUAAUUCAUGCAAUAAAUAUCUGAAUACAUCCUUGCAGGCUGCUUUAAUUGUCUACCCGUGUCCUUUCUGCAGUCACAAGACCUACUACCCUGAAGUCCUGUGGAUGCACAAAAGAAUUUUGCACAAAAUCAGCUGUAACUCGAUGGUACCCCCGUGGGUUCAACAAAACGGAUUCAAGAGUAUUAAAACCAACCUGGUCUUUCUGGCGAGGAGUGGGCGCACUGGCCCCCCUCCUGUUCUCGGUGGUAAGGAAUGCCAGCCUUUGCCCAUUGCCAGAUUUACACGUACGCAAGUGCCAAGCGCGUUGCCAGCUUCCAAACCCAGCUCCCUUUCUGUCGGGAUGGCUGCAAAGUCCGGGAGUACGCAUCCGUCAAAGGACAGUCAUGCGCUCGGCCACUGCGGUUCACGUGUGUCAGGCCUGGAUGGCUACAGACAGCCCAAGUUAAACCAUGCCCAGGAGCAGUACAGCAUAGCAGCACAACAAAAAAGCAAAUACGAAGCAAAUUCCAAACUUCCGCAAACGGGAGCCUACGGCAGAAGUGUAACACCUACUCAAACAGUCAUAUCCAGGCCUAGCACACAGCCCACCAACAGUAAGCAAGUGGAAAAGUAUGGGGUUCCCCAAGGAAGUACUGCUUUUGCCUCUCCAGGUAAGCACUGUGCAUCCGACUCCAUGAAGGCCAAAUACAACCCCCCGCUGCAGUACCAUCCUCUGUGUAAGAGUGAGCAGUACCCUAAACAUGAAGAGCCCUUGGUGCCUCAGAGGGAGCCUCACGUGAAGGCUGGAAGUGAGCUGAGGACAUUGGCAAACUGCACAACCGUAGCACGAGGCAGUCCAGUGCUGCAGCCUCAGCCCGGUGCCGUGGGAGUUCCUCCGGUUUUACACUCCAGCAAACAGGAUCUGGCAUCAGAUGGGCACGAGAAACAUUUGGACAUUUUAAAUAUCUUUAAAACAUACAUUCCAAAGGACCUUGCUUCACUGUACCAAACUUGUGGUGCCAACAGCCCUGUCCUAGAUCACACAGGGAUGCUCAGGACACAAACACGCCAAGGAGACUGUGUCUGCAGAGAAUGUGGAAAAUGCUUUACCCAACCCAGCCACCUCAGGACUCAUCAGAGGUCCCACACAGUGGUGUUUGAGUCUAAUGGACUCCGAGGUACUGAAGUUCACACCACCUCCGCAGAUGCCCCAAAACAAGGGAGAGACCACGGCAGCGCAGAGGUCACCCACAUGCUGCAUCUCCGGAAGGGAACCUAGAUCCCGGGCGGAGGAGCCCCGGCAGCCCCCACGCUCCAGAGCAUCCCCCUGCCCGCCGCGGCCGCACCCGGAGCUGCUGCGCGAGGCUGGGAGCAGCGCUCUGCCAGGAGGGGGGUGUUAAUCAUCUGAAAACAAAUGAAGAUGCUACGCAAGAUAUAUAUAAAUUGACGUGCUAAUCAGUCCCAUGGUUCCUUAUUUCCUUUAUAAUAAACAGUGGAGUUGGCAAGCACUGUGGCGGCACAAGGCAUCUAUAUUAAUCAAGAGAAGUUUGAGACACUGGAAAAAUUAAACUUUAUGUGAUUUGGACAGCAUGAAGAAGUUAAGCACUGUAACAAAAACCUCCCUGAUGCUCACAAUGACUAUUUGAUACAUUUGAAAAACAGCAGUGGAUUCGAGGGCUGGAGAAGUAUUAAUUAAUGAAACUGCCACUGCCUGUCAUGCUGAAAAGCAAAUUAAAAAAACAAAACAAACAACAGUGAGAGGAAGAAUGGGGGGGUGCAGGGAAAAGGUGGCAUUCGGUGCUGAGAAAGCAAUGCUUGAUGAAGGAUUAAAGGGACUAAGGAGAAAGACCGUCAUUCUGCAAUGGUUUGUUUCAUUACAGUUUGGGGACCACUUGCAUUUCUAGUGCUCUUGCUCUUGACUGCGCACCAUUAAUAGUAUGUGAAUAUGGAAAUUGAAACACUUCCCGAGAAAAGCUUCUAUUCUGCUUUGGAAAAGAAAAGCUAGUUGAACACUAAGAGAAAAAAAAAAAACAGGCUUCUGUGUUUUACUCUCAGGACCUUUUUUUUUGUAACAGGGCUACUUUCUUCAACCUGGUCACAAAGGAAGUCUUCACUUAAUGAAAAAUGAAAAGGAGAAAAUACAACAUUCAGCUGUCUAACACCGCUGAUCUGUCUGUUUGGAAGAGAAAAGGUGUCACUGAAUGGAUUCAGGCAGCCCUGGGGCCAUAAGGUGCUCUCUGCUCCUGCUUUUGGUUCAGCAGACCAGCUGCUGCUCCUCCUUGGGCCCACUGAUGUUCUGGAAAGACGAGGAACUUCUUUUGUGGUGGCAGGUUAAUGUUCAUAUAAAUGUGUCAUGUCUUGUACUUGGUGAUCACUGGUGGUGUUAGGAAAAAAAGAAAAAGAAAAAAAAAAGCUUUAUAUACCUCUUCUACAGUAACUCUUUAACUGCAAGUUUUCAAGGUGGGGUUGUGGCACAUAACAGGUUGUUAAACCAUGCAGUGUAAGCAAUUAAAAAUGUAUUCCACAGAUAUAAAUAUUUUCUUUUCUUAUUGCUGUGACACUAUGUGUGAUGGUAAUAUUUCUGAAAGUUUCAGAUUUUGCACAUAUAAUUUUAUGCAUUAUCAAAAGUUACUGCUGCCUUGAAAGAAAAUGUUCUGUGAAAAUUUUUGCAAAAGCUUUACUAGUUUGUUUGUUUUUUUUAAAUUGUAACAUUUUGUAAAGGCAGGAAAUGGAGUUAAAAAAACAACUAGCAUGCUAAAUAUAUUUUUCAAGAAAGCAAUAAUUUUACAUGUACAGAAAUGAUGCUAACCUUUAAUACAGGUGAGACCACAGUUUACUUAAUACAGUAAUGGAAUAGUGCUGUUUUUGUAGAAAUGGGCUUCUGACAAAAGGUUUGUUAAAAAAAAAAAAAAGGCAGAAAAAAACCUUAAAACAUAAUCUUUCCGUUCUAACAGUUCUGUUCUAACAGGUGGGCGGGGGGGUUACUUUUUAAAAAAAAUCUAGUCAGUAAUUUGGGCUGGAUACUACUUGUUACUUGUUUUGACUUACUUGACAGGUUUUGUUACUUUGCAACACUUGCAACAAUGCAAAUUAACUUUCUUACUUAUUUUUUUUAAACUAGAUUUUCCUUAUGCUAUUACACGAGAUGCAAACCAGAAUUCUCUGUAAGUCUCGGUGUAGUUAGGAAUGUCUGUGCAAGUACUUAAAAGUGAUUGUAAUUAACUGUUCUGUGAAGUUAUUUUGAGGGAGGUCGCAUAGACACAUUCCAUUGUACACCAAAAAAAAAAAAAAGAAAAGAAAAGAAAGAAAAAAUUAAAUAUUUUGCUGUGUUGCUUAAUGAUUAUCGUUUUGGGUUUGCACUAGCUUUCUCUUUGUUUUUGAUUUUUUUUAAAUUUCUUUUUUUCUUUUGUUUUGUUGCUUUUCUGAGUUAUAUUUUCCAUGGGAGAAAGUAAUGGUGACAGUUCAGGAAUGCAGAAAAGCUAGUUGCUGAACCUGUUUGUUUGUGGUUUAGUUAUUAAAAACUCUUCUAUACCCAAAAUGGCACAAAAGUGUAGUGUACAUUUGUAAAUUCUCUCCUUUUUUUUAACUGUAUUUUUUGGCAAGCUGAACUAGAAAAUCUGAGUUAAUAUUUAGAGCCAAAAUCUUCUUUCUGGAAUUUUCUUCCCAAUUCUUGCCAGAGAAGCUAGUGCUGUCACUGCCAUUGCCAGGGUACUAAUCAGCAAAGUUUACAAUCAUAAUUUAGCUUCAUGAAGAACAACAGUAGGGGAAAUCAGUUUAAAUAAUUAUAUGCUGUGUAUAGCACAGAAGUGAGAUUCUCACUUAAUUGAACAAGAAAUAAGAGUGAGUGGGGGAAAACCAACCUUAAGGACCAUCUGUUUUUGAAAGUGAAUCCCACGAUUUCUGGGUUUUUUCUUUAUCAUUGUAUUGUAUUGAUUUGUUAUUUUAGUUAGACCAUAGUAUUUAAAAUGAGUUGUGUUCUUAUUUAUUUAGUCAAAUGGGCUUUGAUCAGCUCUUUUAAGCAACAUGAUAAGUUUUUUUGGCAUGACACACUCCUGUAAAGCCCUUUUAUGACUGUUACAGGGACUUUCUACUACCUCUACCAAUCUACUGUUUCUUCUUCUUAACAGGUUUUUAUGGUGUUGCAAGUCUAAUGUAACUUAGACAAUAAAGGGUUUGAUUAUCUACA